GCAACAGCGCAGACUCGGGGCCAAAUCCGUUAUGGCCGCCGCCACCCUGGGUAGAAUGAGCGGGGCUGCACGAGAGAAGCUGCGGCCGAGGCCGGGCGCCGGGGGCCUCGGAGCGCUGGCGCGGUCUCUGGUGCUGUCCUUGCUGCUCGCGCCCGUCCUGUCCUCUGUUACACCAGAGAAUACUCCGCACAGCGUUACUGCUUCUCCUCCAGCUAUGUCGACAUCUGAAAACCACACUGGGAAACAGAUCAGCACCACUAUCCCUCCCCCUGCCACUACAGAGAAAGGGGGAGGCACCUCUUUGGCGCCCACCCCCUCUGCUGCUCCUGUGUCCCAGGACGAGGCUGAUAAUAAUGAAGACCCCAGCAUGGAAGAGGAGGAUCUCCUGGCACUCAACAGUUCCCCCUCCACAGCCAAGGACACUCUGGACAAUGGUGACUAUGGAGAGCCAGACUAUGACUGGACCACCAACCCCAGGGACGAGGAGCCCGAGGAGAGCAUCAACAUAGAGCUCAGCAAAGAAAGCAGGCGCUUCACAGGGUUCGAGGACUCGGUGGAGGUCGUGAAGCUCUCGCCUCCAAGCAGAGAAGACAGCCACUUCUUUUUUCAUCUCCUUAUUUUUGCUUUCUGUGCAGCUGUUGGUUAUGUUACCUAUCACAACAAAAGGAAGAUUUUUCUCCUAGUUCAAAGCAGGAAGUGGCGUGAUGGCUUGUGUUCCAAAACUGUGGAGUACCAUCGUCUGGACCAGAACGUGAAUGAGGCCAUGCCUUCUCUGAAGAUCACCAAUGACUAUAUUUUCUAAGGCACUGUGAUUGGAGUUUGCUUAUUAUGUCAUUUAAUUUGCUUUACUUUUAUAUGAUGUGCAGAUGUUUGCCACAGGCAGGUAGUACCUGAUUGAGAGGGGCACUCUCUUUUGCCGUGGUGCUUUGGGAACUAAAUGUCACAAACAAGGAGUAUAUAAUUUUUUUUUAUUUGUUCUCUAGAGCUAGAUUCAAUAAGGUGUCUGAAAUGUGAUUUAAACAUUACCUUACAUUUUGUGUAGUUGUUG